UGGCGUAUCAACGUGGUCGUAUGUGCACAAUAUUUUUCUAUAAUUUUUUCUUAAAAUCGGAAGUGCAGGAAUAGAAAUUUCAAAUGAUGGCUGCCUGAUUAUGAAAAAAAAUUGAAAGGUGGGCGGGUCGCCCAUUUUUUAGCCCAAAUAGUCGAUAGAUCGCAUCAAUUCUGACAUUCAAGAACAGUAUGUCGAAGGCGACGAAGAGAAAACACGUUACAAAAGAGGUUCUGGAUGAUUACGUAGUGCCAGAACCAAAUCAGCAGAUCGUUAAGGUAAGAAAGUGUACCCGCUAUGAAACAGAUUUCCUUGUCUCCAGUAUGGGUAGCUACAUCUCCAAGAUAAAGCGGCUUUGGAUAUGUAAUUUUUAUUUUAAAAAUUUUAAUUAAUUAAGCAUAAUUAUUAAUUGAUUAUUUUUUAUUCCUUGAAUAGUUUAGCUCAUUAAGCUUAGCCCACUUGGAUAUGCACUCUCUAAAAGGCAGACGUACACCAUUUUAUACUGUGAAAGAGCACAAAGGUGUAUGUUAAUGGCAGGCAGGUGGCCUGUUUAUUCUUCGUUUUCACUGUCACGCAAUAAACACGACACAAAAAAAUGCAUUUGAAACCGUCCUGUGGAAGAAGCCAAGAAAAUGAAAUGUUAGAAAAGACUAAUAUAUAAACAAUUUGCCCAAAUCUCAGGUCUUUGUGGCCCGCAGUUUCUGAGUUAGUUGCCGAAACAUUUCACGCACCUUUGUAGAGCUUUGUAUGGAGACGCCAUACUGGUGGACAGAAACUGUCCACCAAUAUGGCCGCCGGAAAUCAACAAAAACAUCUGGAGUUCACUUUUUCUAUAAAAGCUCCUCCUUUUCACUCGAGAACUAGCAUACUUGCGCAUAAACAUAUUUUCUAAUACUUGAAAUGGUUAAACUUCUGAAAAUCAAGCGGAGACACUUUUUUCAAGGAGAUAGCAUUCCUCUUUUGGUGUCACGCACUGUGAAAACUCGGAAGUUCAAACUGCUGUAUUUUUGAAAUGAAACAUGCUUCGCUGCUGGAAACUUGUACAAAGAUUUAUUUCCUAUUAAUCUUUAAACCUAGUGUAAAUAAGAAUUCGUAAAACCUCGCUUUUUUGACUUUGCAAUCUGAUGACGUCACCGUGAAAACCAUCAAUAUGGGAGUAGUGAUGGGUAAGGUGGUAAACUAUAGCAAGCCAUACCUCCCCUAGUCUGCUACACAGCCAUUCUUUGUGUCAUCAUGGAGAAGCAUAAUUUUUGGGUGAUGACCGCCCCCACCCCCUUCUGGCAAUGAAAACAGAAGUGGGGGGGGGGGGAGAAGUAGUACAGCUUCACGUAAGUUCUUUGUGGCUGAGUAGUUUAACUGCAGCUCCAGUUUGUUUCCACUCUCACAAGAACUAGGGAAAUUGUCGUGCUCUAUUUGGCCAACAAUGCAACAGUAUAGUUCCUUCACUUAAGAAAAAACUUGUCUCUACUAAAAUACCUGUCUAUAUUAUUCAAGAUUUUAGGAAGUCGUGGUAACAACCUUCAUGAGGCAGAAACACCUGAUGGCAGUAAAUACCUUGUCAGUAUGCCAUCAAAAUUUAGAAAAAGUGUCUGGAUUAAACGAGGUAUGGUGUAAUCAUUAAACACAAACAUUACAAAGGGUGUGAAAUUUUUAGUGUCACAAUCAUCCAUCAAAGAAAAUAGCUGUUGUCAUUGUAGCUCAAUUAAACAAGUGCAAUUGCUUCACUUCUGCUUAAAACAGGGGUACAGUCGACUCUCUCUCUUAACGGACACCUCUGUAAAACAGACACCUAGAGUUGGUCCCUGCCUUUCUUUACUCUCUUUAUUUGACUCUCUAUAAGACAGACACCUCUCUAAGACGGACACUUAGUGCCGGUCCCAAAGGUGUCCGUCUUAGAGAGAGCUGACUGUAUUAUAGAGUCUGAGCUGUGACUAACAUCUUUUUUUAAAUGUUGCUUUCCAGGAGAUUUUGUCAUUGUUGAUCCAAUAGAGGAAGGAAACAAAGUCUGCGCUGAGAUUGUUUAUAUUCUCUACAGCAAGCAAAUAAAGUAUCUGAAAAGUGAAGGCUUGUGGUAAGAGAAAAAGUCUGAAUUACCAAGUGUUUACACGAUAUUCUACAGAGCUGUCACUAACAGCCAGGCCCAGGACUGAGAUUUCUCCUAACUCUUUUGAGAGGAAACAAAAAGAAAAUACAACAUAAAGAACUUUCAAGCUGUUCAAUAUCCUGCAUAUAUGUUGCAGUUAAUUUUUUAUCUCAGGUUAUUUUUGUUUUUCCUUUGUUUUAAAUUCACUAGCAUAUAUUACCAUACCCAAAAACAAUGGAAAAAUAACAAUUAGGUGAGAUAUACCUGGCAACUUGGUGAAAUCAGCCAUAAGUGAUUAAAUGAUUAUUACAUACUUCUUUAAUUUUGUACUGGUAACUAAAAACCAUCCUUUUCAAUCACAAUAAUAAAAAUUUCCUUUCUCAUCAGGUAUGUUUUGUAGUAGUAAUAAUAAAUUGAAUAAAUUAGAAGAUAAUAAUGUAAGGUAGACCCCAACCCCCUGUUGGUAUCUCACUACCACCCUAAAAUAGAUUAAUUAUUCCAUUUUUAAGGCCUGAGACGUUCGCAGAAAAAUCCCCUGCUGAUGAAAAACCACAUGUUAAGCAAGAAAGCAGGUAAAAAUGGUGAUUACUUAAGUAAUGAGCUGUCAGUAUCAAUAUCAACACUUUUCUUCCUGGAAGAGCUCAUUUUUAGAAAAUAAUAUAAGUUUGCACAGUUGGUUUUAAUUCUUACUGUACCAAUAAUCAGUAAUGCUGCUCUUGAAGUAAAUUGGUUCAAAAUUAAUGAUCACUGCAUUCUUCACUAAAGGGUCAAGGUAAUGCUUACUCUAUUCAGUGUAUGAUGUGAGAUGUAUGAUGUUAUCUUGGUUCAUAUUGGUGAAAAUGAAACUUAUCAAUUAUUUGAUCCCAAAAUAAUGAUUAUUAUUUUUAAGAAGUAUUUUAAUUAUUAUUAUUAUGACAUUAAUUUCCCGACAGAAUAGCAGAAACUCACAAAGUUACUUUUACACAGUACUGAUUAUGUCACAUCCGACUGUCAUCUCCUUAAGAACAAAUUCAAAAAAACACUCCGCAAAUUACUUUUUGAUAUUUUGAAUUCAGAAGAUGAUACGAUAUAUAUUGACUCGCCCAACUUAAUUGACUUGUUAUGAUUCAACUUUUUUUUUUUUUUGGUAGCAAUGUGCAUAGGAGGGCCAAAGAAGAUAUGAGUGAUGAUGAUGAUGAGGAGAAUUCUGAGGAUGACAAUGAUCUGUUUGUUAAUCCAAACCACCAAAAGCCGACAUGUUAUGUAGACACAGACUCCUCAAGUGAAGAGAGUGACAACAACAAUGAACAAUGA